AUGGCCAACUCUCAAGAACGCGCGAUGUCAGGGCUGAUCGAAUCCUUCAGCUCACUUGGAAAUGAAGGUAGUUCAGAUCAGAUCAAAUACCACGAGGUUGUGGUCGCCAAUGAGAUAGGACGUAUCAGCGAUGCAUAUUACACACUUUCCGAUAACAUCGUCAAUCGCCCAGACCCACUCGUACUAUUCAACCAAGUCGAAAUCAGAACGGAGCUCAUAGAUCAACUCAAAUCAAAACAUUUCCCUAGCCUAAAACGCCAAGUCACAGCCCUUUCGAACGCACUUAUCAGUCGCUCCAAUCCUAAGACCACCCCAAUUUCGCAACUCAAACUAGCGCUGAAAGCUCUGUCAAAGCUGGAUGUCACCUUGGGUAAAAUUAAAUUUGCCGUGGCUUGCAUCAACCCAGGCUUGGACCCACAAGAAGUCAGGCAUGACCAGGACUUCAAGAAAGCGAAACAAGCCACAUGUUCCCGCCUGGGUCUCAUAGCAAACGUGGUGACCGGAAACAUUUGCGACUUUCUUCGAAACUGUCAUCGUUUUAUGGUGGGGUCAGGGCUCGCAGUUGCCGUCGAGGACGCUCAGAGGAGGAGAGAAAUGCUCGCGAUGGCACAUAUUUCCUCCGUUUCUAUCGACAGGGCACUCGAAUUCAUGAACAUGUCUGAAUUGAAUUUUAUCCGAGAUGGAUGGCAAUCGCACAUAGACUCGAUGGAUGACUGCCUCCAAAAGUUUAUCACAUUCUGUAAUCGACCCGCACCUCAAUCAAAACAUCGAACUCGUUCCCGGCCUGUGAAUGAAGAUCGGAAUACUAGAUCCAAUAUAGCACCACUACGCGGUCAACCUCGUACAAUAACAUCGGUGAUCGCACUGAUCAAAAUAACAAGGAUGUUAUUGGCAAAGCUGCAACAUAUGUCAGCCGAUAAAGAAAACUUCAGCAUGGUCACCAAUCUGACUUCCAGGGAGCUCGAUAUAUUCACUCAAAUGGCUACCAUGCUUGCUGAAAGUAUCGAGAAGCUGGUCGAGGCUCUGUGCGGGGAUAUUGACGGAGACCAGUUCGAAGAUAUCAUGACUAUCCAUGAUUCAAUCUCUCAGCUUCAAACUUUCCCUAAAACUAUCUUCUUUAUGGCCGACCAUAUUUUUCUCCCUGUGGUCCAUCAAGCAGAUCAACCUUCUCAUAAGAUGUACUACAAGGCUUGGUUUUAUCAGUGGAACAGACUCCACCAGUUGGCCGCUCAAAACUUCCUCGAUGCUUUCAGAUUCAACCCAACAUAA